UACUUCAAUCCGUUCAACGUGCCCAACCUCUACCAGAAGUUGGAGAACGACCCCAGGACCAGGCCGCUCCUCAACGACCCCAGCUACCGGGAGCUGAUCGAGCAGCUACGGCACAAGCCAGCCGACCUGGGCAAGAAACUGCAAGACCCUCGGAUCAUGACCACCCUCAGUGUCCUGCUUGGUGUGGAUCUGGGCAGCAUGGAUGAGGAAGAGGAGGCGGCCGCCACACCCCCUCCGCCCCCGUCCCCCAAGAAGGAGCCCAAGCCAGAGCCCAUGGAGGAAGACCUCCCGGAAAACAAGAAGCAGGCCCUCAAGGAAAAGGAGUUGGGCAAUGAUGACUACAAGAAGCAAGACUUUGACACGGCCUUGAAUCACUACGACAAAGCCAAGGAACUGGACCCCACCAACAUGACUUACAUCACCAACCAAGCUGCGGUGUACUUUGAGAAGGGCGACUACAACAAGUGCCGGGAGCUGUGCGAGAAGGCCAUCGACGUGGGCCGCCAGAACCGGGAAGACUACCGACAGAUCGCCAAAGCUUACGCUCGAAUCGGCAAUUCCUACUUCAAGGAGGAGAAGCACAAGGACGCCAUUCACUUCUACAACAAGUCCCUCGCCGAGCACCGCACGCCGGACGUGCUCAAGAAGUGCCAGCAGGCAGAGAAGAUCCUGAAGGAGCAGGAGCGGCUGGCCUACAUUAACCCCGACCUUGCCUUGGAGGAGAAGAACAAAGGCAAUGAGUGUUUCCAGAAAGGGGACUACCCCCAGGCCAUGAAGCAUUACACGGAAGCCAUCAAACGGAACCCCCGCGAUGCCAAGUUGUACAGCAAUCGAGCUGCCUGCUACACCAAGCUCCUGGAGUUCCAGCUGGCACUCAAGGACUGCGAGGAAUGCAUCCAGCUGGAGCCGACCUUCAUCAAGGGCUACACACGGAAAGCAGCUGCGCUAGAGGCCAUGAAGGACUACACGAAGGCCAUGGACGUCUACCAGAAGGCAUUGGACCUGGACUCGAGCUGUAAGGAGGCAGCAGACGGCUACCAGCGCUGCAUGAUGGCCCAGUACAACCGCCACGAUAGCCCCGAGGACGUGAAACGCCGGGCCAUGGCUGACCCCGAGGUGCAGCAGAUCAUGAGUGACCCAGCCAUGCGGCUCAUCCUGGAGCAGAUGCAGAAGGACCCCCAGGCCCUCAGCGAACACCUGAAGAAUCCCAUCAUUGCACAGAAGAUCCAGAAGCUGAUGGACGUGGGGCUCAUUGCCAUCCGGUGAUGACGUUGGCGUCCCCCCUUCUGUUGUCGCCCUCCUGUGGAAACAGCUGGGACCGUGGCAGGAAACAGGGCGGAGAGGAAGGGGGGAGAGAGCAGCUCAUCCAUGUUUGGGCCCAUGCGGAAGAGACUCACCACGCGUGUUGCCCACCAGCCGCCGCCUCUGGCCCACCCAGCACACGCAUGGUCUCGACAUCACCGUCCCCGAGUUCGUGUCUCCUUCCCCUGGCCCCAGUUGCUGUCUCAGCUGCUCUCCCAUAGUUGGU